AUGUCUCAGGAGCCUGACUUGUUAUCCCCUAGCAUGUCGGCCAAUUACAAGAGAAGAAGAGGAUCCUCCGUUGGAAAAAUUAAUCUAGGUGAUACUUCGCCUGCUCUUGCUACUAUGUACCGUUCAAAAGCGCAACGGUCAAAGUCGAGCGACAGAAUAAUGGAGUUGUCGAGAGAAAGCAAGUCGGAUUUGGCUAUCUUGAGAAAGAUGUACGUGGGUUUCAUUGAGCUUACAUAUAGGCACACGUGGAUCGUUCCUUUCAUCAUUUUGUCGGUGUUUUUUAGUGCUUUCUUCUUGUCAGGGCCAGGUACCCGAGUACACAAUUUCUUGGACGCAUGCAUUGUAUUAGCCUACCAUAUUCCUGGAACAGAUCAAUAUGGAAAGGGUGAAAACGACUUUUAUUUUGUGGGCUUUUACGCCAUUUUUUUCAUAUUUUUGCGUGAGUUCAUGAUGUGUGUUGUCUUGCGUCCGCUUGCAACUUUCGCCGGAAUGAAAAAAGAAGGAAAAAAGAAGAGGUUCAUGGAACAAGCCUACGCAUUGUUUUAUUACGGUGUCUCCGGUCCGUUUGGUUUGUGGAUCAUGCACGGUUUACCUCUUUGGUUUUUUGAAACUACUCCAUUUUACACCAACUACCCUCAUAAGACCCAUGACUACUAUUUCAAGGUUUUCUAUUUGGGUCAAGCAGCAUUUUGGGUACAGCAAUGUAUCGUACUCAUUUUACAAUUGGAAAAGCCUCGCAAAGACUUUUACGAGCUUGUGUUGCAUCACAUUAUCACAAUUGCGUUGAUCUGGUGCUCGUAUAGAUUUCAUUUUACUUGGAUGGGAAUAGAAGUCUUCGUUACCAUGGAUGUGUCUGAUUUCUUUUUAGCAGCUUCGAAGACAUUAAACUAUUUGGACUCUCCUACAACUGGCCCCUUCAUGGUUGUUUUCGUUGCUGUUUGGGUAUACUUGAGACAUUAUGUGAACUUGAAGAUCUUGUGGUCCGUUUUGACUGAAUUCAGAACCGUUGGUGAGUGGGAAUUAAAUUGGGACACUCAACAAUACAAGUGUUGGAUUUCUCAACCAAUUGUUUUUGGAUUGAUUGGCGCUUUACAGAUUGUGAACAUUUAUUGGCUCUUCUUGAUCAUCAGAAUCAUGUACAGAUAUGUGGCUGCUGGUGUGGCAAAGGAUGAAAGAAGUGACGACGAAGACGAGGAGAGUGAUAGCCAGGAAGAAAUAGCGAAGACCAAAAAGGAAGAAUAA